GUGUGCGUAUAUUUUUCUUGUGUGGCUGUGUACGAAUAAUAUCGACGAAACGAAUUCACAAUCGAAAAACAACGUACAUAUUUAUAUACUGGUUUAUUUUAUAUUUUUUGGUUGAAACUUUUUCACAAAAAACCAAAAAGUGUGUGCUUUUUUGUGUAAAAAGUAAAAUUGUAAAGUAAUUUUGUGUUUGUACAAAUCAAAUUCGAUAGACUUUUUGCCAUCAAUUAAUAAGAAAAAAAGCAAAAGGAAAAUAAAAUAUCGAGUCUUUGACGAAGAAAUUGUCCACAAAAAUGUGGCCAGAAUGAAAAACUAUACACAGUGCACCCUCUAAUGUUACUGUAAACAUUGUUUCAAAAGUGUUUAUACACAUGUUAGUGUAUGAAUAUAGUGCAAGCAAAUACAAGGUACAGUUUGCAACAAAUUGGAGAGAUCAGUUGAAAAACAAAACAAAAAUCGAAAGAAAAGUCGUUUAAAAAACUGAAGAAAAAAACAUUGGGCCUGCUGACUUUAUGCAACUAUUGUUUAUUGAGAAUUUAGAGAUAGUAUUUGACUUUUUUACUACAAAAUGACCAUCGUACAACCAACACUACUUGAUCUGAAUAUCCAGUGCUUACGCGAAUUGCGACGUUAUUUAAAUAUAUGUGAUAUUGUGAGUUUGGCCGAAGCAUAUAAUAUCACCGAAAGCAAUGUGAACGAAUUGGAAAAUAGUGAAGACAACACCGAACAUCUGACCAAAUCCAAAUUCAUACAAUUUGCAUGGGCUGUACAAGAGAUGUUUUUACACAUAAAUGGACCAUCGAUUAAUAUCAAUCACACAGAUCGAUCGUUGAAUGAUAUCAACAACGAAUUUCAGUUUUAUGUAAAGUUGCUACGUCAUUUUGGCAGUUAUAUAAAGGAAUUGAAUGUCAUUGUACGUAAAGAAGGUAUUGAAGCUGGAAAACUGUUUGGUGACGCAAUUCAAACGUAUUGCCGUGAAUCAUUGGUGUCAAUCAAAGUGACGAGCAUAGACGGUGACUUUCUGUCCAACAUAUCGCAACCAUUCCCGAAUGUUGAAACAUUGAAAAUCUGUGGGGAACAAUUAGGUGUAAAUCCAAUAAAAUUCAAUAAAUGGUUCCCAAAACUGCGUUCGCUAGAGUUUGGUGACACAAAUUUUACCAAUCCAGAAUGCAUUGAGCAUCACUUCCCGCAAUUGACGCGGCUGGUCAUUCAAAAUCAAAAAAAUUUCAGCACAGGUUUUCUCACAUGCACAAGUUUGGGAAUUGCGCUGCACUUGAACCCUCAAUUGGAAAGUUUGCGCAUAUCCGAUGCGUUUGGCCUAGCCAAUGCUAUCAAUUUUAAUAAGUCAUUGUUGGUUUUCAUCAAACGGAAAUUACCGAAUUUACGAAGACUCCAAUUGAUAUCGCGUCAAUACGGAUGGCGUGGUGAUAGCGAAUUCAUUAGUAUCGAUUCCUUGACACGUUUGAAAGUUGUUGCUUAUGAAAGUGAAUCGUUAAUGACAAUUCCAGUGCGAUCAAAUCAAAUGACUCAACUACAUUUAAAGAUUUUGAAUAAUUUUGAUGGUUUUGAUGGCAUCAUGGAGUUUGUGAAAAAAAAUGCCACAGUCUAUGCACUGACUAUCAGUGCAAAGAUCAAACAUUUUCAUCUGAACGAUGAUAAAUUUGCCAAUUUUAUUUCUGGUCUGAAAUAUCUGAAAACACUUGCAAUUGAAUAUUACUGGCAAGAUAAUGAGGCAAUUGAUGCCAUCGUCCAUUUUUUGAGCAUUUGUUCGAAGAUCAAACGAUUUGAUAUAUUUUGGUGGACUUCGGAUCUCGAACCAAAAGAGCAUGACAUAUGCUAAUCAUUUGAAGAAUGCCUAAGACAAAGGGUAUUCGAUGCCACUCUGUGGAAGGUAGAUACUUCGGACUACAAGGGCAAUUUUUCGAAGAUUACAUUCCAAAAGCAAAAGGUAAAAUAACCAAUAGUGUCAGAGUGCUUACAUUUAUGUAAAUAAUUAUUGUUUACAAUUUUUUUUAUAGAAAAUCCAUCGAAAAUCCAAAAAAACGAAACAAUGAGGUGUACAACUAAUAGAUAUAAAAACCAGCAAAUAAUUUCCAUAAAAACUCAUUAGCAAUAAGUGGACCCAGAUUAUUGAAUAAAAUUCCCAACGAAAUAAGAGAAAUCAGUGAUGUUAAGAAAUUUACUCAAAAAAUGAUUAUUUAUUUUAUAGUCUUUCAAAUAUAAAUAAAUAAAUAAAAUAUAAAAAUAUAAAAAA